UCUUCGGUGCAAGUAGAGGAGUUUUUUUCGACUUCUUUGUUUGCUUCCCUUCCCGGAAGGUGAGCGUUUCCCCAACGCCAUCCUCUCGCCGUCAUCGCCCCGAUCAUCGCUCUUUGGUUUUUCUAGGUGAUUUACUGUAUUUGCUGAUUACACAUGUGCUGCAUCAUGGAAAACCUCAUGUACUUUGUGUUGAACACUGAAUCUUGGAAUUCUUCAAGGUCUUCAACUAUAGUUUGGGACAGUAUUUGUACAUAGGUGAGGCGCUUUGUUGGCCUUCUUGAGCCCUACAGGAGUGGAUUUAUAGUUGAUAUCUUGAGUUCCUUCAAGACUCAUUAUGUGUGAAGUGUGUGAAGUGGACUUUGAGGCUUUACUAGAUCAACCUCUUACUUGGAGGGUUGAGCCAUACUGUCAUGUUCUGGUUGAUUUGGGGGAUAAGUGUUCCAAGAACGCCAGAACUUCCUUUGAAACAAAGAAUAUUUGUUUCUUGGACCUAACAUGGUUAUCUGCAAAGCAAGGGUUCUUGUUCUGAUUGUUUAUCUGCAUUAUAACUCUUGUGCCAUUCUCUGGGGCAUCAACACUCAAUAACAGCCCAACAGGCAUAGCCUCUUGUACUCGUCUCGGAAUGUCUGAAAUGAAUCAUAUUCAAAUAUGGGAUUAUCAGAUCUCUGAUUCCCAUGCAAACUCAGAAAAUGCUCCCCUUUUGCUUCCUAGCAAUAACAUAGAACCCAGUGAAGUGAAUUCCAUUACGCUUUUGAACAGCGGACUGAGAUUAAAUGAUCAUAUACCCGCAAGUGUCAGUGCAGACUGUUCAGGUUUCAUGGCAGCUCCAGCAACCUCACAUGUCCCACCCAUGCAUUCUUUGUCAGUCGGGAGCUCCAGUCAGCUUCCGCCAAAUUAUGUUCAUUAUGGGAACUCUUAUCAUGUUGGUUUUAUUGCCGAGGACAACAACAAUAUAGGCAAUACCCAUGCUGACAAUCGUAGGGCUGGUUUUAAAAGAAAAGGCCCAGCUACUGCUAUGGUAUUUGAUGAAGGAAAUAGCUCUGGGUAUUACAGCGGAGGAAGUUCUUCCAACUUUUCUAUUCCUCCUGAUCAUUUGUCAUCAAACCCUGUCCCAGCUCCUCCUCAAACUGCAGCUUGGAAUCCAAUGCAUCGUGCUCCCUGGUUAUAGGAUCAACACUCUCCCUGUAACAGAGGAAGCACCUCAGAGAAAUGUUAGGAGGCGACAUAGCCUUGCUUCCCAUCAUGAAGCUCCAGUCAACACUUCAUCUCACAAUUCCUACCCAACCGGGAAUGUUUCUGGUUUGCAGUUGGCUGGCCAAUCAAGCCAAACUCCGGCACCAGUGGUUUUUCAGAGAAGGAUAUUCCCUUCAGGAAAUGGUUUUCCAAAUGUCAAUGUUGAGACUAAUGGUGCAUACCUACCUGAUGCUUCUCGAAGUAGAAAUCCAAGGGCGCCAAUGCCAAUUCAUUAUGUGCCUCCUGGACAAGUCACGUUAGCAGAUCGAAGUGCCCAUGAUCCCAGAAUUCUUCCGAGUUCAAGCUACCCAACCAUGAGUUUUAUGGCCACUUUGGAAGAAAGAUUACGGUCAGGAAGGGAAGCUAUUGUACCUCCCCGAAAUUCUAGGCCAUUAUCUAUUGCAGGGCACGGCGGUGAGAGGAAUGGUAGGGGAAGGAACCUCCAAGAUAGAUUUCGAUCUUCCACUGAUGAGGCCAAUGUGCGCAAUAGAUUGGUUUCUGAGGGAGCGGUAAUGAUUGAUCGAUUCUACGACUCUUGGAGAACGCUUGAUCACCACAGGGACAUGAGAUUGGACAUAGACAACAUGAGCUAUGAGGAAUUACUUGCGCUGGAAGAGAGUAUAGGGAAUGUCAACACUGGUUUGUCUGACGAGGCAAUCUCAAAGUAUUUGAGACAUACAAUAUAUUGUUCUCCUGAUCAGAUCACCGACAAUCAACAGGAAGAGCGUUGCGCCAUCUGCCUGGAAGAAUACGAAGACCGGGCAAAUCUCGGCGUACUGAACUGCCGACAUGAAUUCCAUUUCGGUUGUAUCAAGCAUUGGUUGCAGAUUAAGAAUGCCUGCCCAAUCUGCAAAGCUUCUGCAACAGACACCAGGAAGGACAAACAAAAGAUCCAUUUGUAACUUGAAAAUUUCUACUAAAAUUAUCCUGCUCUUUUUUGUUAUUGUGUGCAUUCGAAGCUGUUGUAAGAACAAAGUAUGUAUCAACAGAUAUUUACAAGCGUUUCCAAAAUUAAUUUCUUCAUUUU